AUGUUUCGCAAGCCAAAGCAACGGAAUUUACGUGGUCGAACAGAUAUUGAUAAUAAUGAAGAUGAUCAAUCCAAUGUAUCAAAUACACAAUCGAUUGUUAUACAACAACAACAAACAGUAACAACAACUCAAACUGUGAUUAAGAAACCUGACAUACCCAAAUCAUUAUUAAGUUUCGGUGAUGAUGAAGGUGAUACUGAAGAAUUUAAAGUUAAUAAAACACGUGAAAGUCGUAAAAUGACAAAAGAAAUUAAAAAAACACAACAACCACAUAUACCUAAUGAUUCAAAACCAAAUAUUACUAUAGAACAAACAACAAUUGUUGAAGAAAUAAUAACAACAACAACUAAAGAAACUAAUAAUUCAAAUAGUGGAGAACUUGAAAUAAAAUUUAAACCUCUACAAAUUGUUGGAAAUAAACCUUCAGCAAUAUCAUUUACUAGUACAAAUACAGAUCUACAACGUUUACGAAAAGAAAUGAAAGUACUUAAUGGACAAGAAGCAGAUAGUGCUGAUUUGGAUGAUAUUGAAGGAAUUUUUGAAGGAGAUGAUAAUGAUGAGGAUAUUAAUGAACUUGAUGAUACACAACGUUCAGUUAAACUUAUGUUAAGAAGUGGUGUUAUUCCUGAUUCAACUAUGAUACAUGCCGCACGUAAAAGACGUCAAAUGGCUCGAGAAAUGGGUGUACCUGAUGAUUAUAUUUCUUUGAAUAAUACUGGUGAAAAUGGAAAUAAUACAACUUCAAAUCGAAAAUCACGAUUAGUUCGUGAUGAGGAACAUGAUGCUAGUGAUGCUAGUGAUACAGAAGAUCCACAUAUAGUCAGUAUGGAUAGAAAUAAAACAAGAGCUGAAAGUGAACGACAAAAAAAUCGUGAUCGAUUUUUAGAAUUAGAACAAGGUAGUGAUAAUGAUGAAGAUGAAGAAGAAUUUCGUCGUUUUGAACAUGAACAAAUUCGCAAAGGAGUUAGUUCAAAAUUGACAGCAAUCAAUGCAUUGGCUUCCUCUUCUUCCAAAUCUCAAGUCGGUGUUAUUCGUCGUAAGAUUUUCUCUUACGCUCUAUCAUACUCAUUAAUUUAG